CCCCGGCUCUUGACAAAACAGAGCUCGGUGGAGACCUGCCGGAGCCCGUUGGUCCCGAGCCUGCCCAGGCUUUGAGGACGUCCCAGCCUUUCUCCUUGGCGCCGCCGGCCUCGGGAGGACCUGGAGGAAGGGCUCUGCGGCCGGGGCUGGGAGCCCAGCGCGGGGUGCGUCGGGACGGGAGCGUCGGCUGUCCCGACCCGCCGCGGACAUCCCCGGCGGGGUCCGGGGCGGCUCGCCCGGGCGGAGAGCAGCUCGGAGGGCGAGGGGCGCGGCGGCCACUCCGGGAGGUCGGGCGGCUAGCGUGACCUCACUGGGAGGGGCCAGCGCGCAGCGGGGCCGGAGCCCAGCGCCGGGAGCCCAGCGCCGGGAGCGCAGCGCCCGCGGACCGCAGCGCCGGGAGCACGCCGAGCUCGCUCGGGAUGGAGCGCUACAAAGCCCUGGAGCAGCUGCUGACUGAGCUGGAUGACUUCCUCAAGGUCCUAGACCAGGAGAACCUGAGCAGCACUGCCACAGUGAAGAAGGGCGGGCUGGCCGAGCUCUUGAGGAUCUACACUAAGAGCAGUGGUUCUGAUGAGGAAUAUAUUUACAUGAACAAAGUGUCAGUUAACAGGGACCAGAACCCAGCCUCUCCAGACAAAGUGCCCGAGGAUCAGGGUCCGCUGACCAAUGGGGAGCCCAGCCAGCACUCCUCAGCACCUCAGAAGAGCCUUCCAGACCUCCCUCCACCCAAGAUGAUUCCAGAGCAGAAACAGCUGGCUGUGCCAAAGACCGAGGCUCCCGAGGGCUAUUAUGAAGAGGCUGAGCCAUAUGAUGCGUCCAUUAACGGUCCUCGAGGAGCAGCCCUCCCUACUGGAGUCCCCAGAUGGGUACAGGUGCCGGAAGGAGUCAUUUAUGCCACAAUCAAAUUGGAAGAUGGAGAGGCUGUGAGCAGCUCCUACGAGUCCUAUGAUGAAGAGGAGAACAGCAAAGGCUAUACAGUCUCCUACCAGUGGCCCUCGCCUGAGGCCAGCAUUGAGCUGAUGCGUGACGCCCGCAUCUGUGCCUUCCUGUGGCGGAAGAAGUGGCUAGGCCAGUGGGCCAAGCAGCUGUGUGUGAUCAGGGACACCAGGCUCUUGUGCUACAAAUCAUCCAAAGACCACAGCCCUCAGCUAGAUGUGAGCUUGCUGGGCAGCAGCGUCGUGCACAAGGAGAAGCAGGUGCGGAAGAAAGAGCACAAGCUGAAGAUCACGCCCAUGAACGCGGAUGUGAUUGUGCUGGGCCUGCAGAGCAAGGACCAAGCCGAGCAGUGGCUUCGGGUCAUCCAGGAGGUGAGCUGCCUGCCUUCCGAAGGGGCCGCGGAGGGAAACCAGUAUACGCCAGAUGCCCAGCGCCUGAACUGUCAGAAACCAGACAUAGCUGAGAAGUACCUGUCAGCUUCGGAGUAUGGCAGCACCACUGAUGGCCAUCCUGAGGUCCCAGAGACCAAAGACGUCAAGAAGAAAUGUUCCACCGGCCUCAAACUGAGCAACCUGAUGAACCUGGGCAGGAAGAAGUCUACAUCACUGGAGCCACCAGAGAGAUCCCUCGAGACAUCCAGCUACCUAAACGUGCUGGUGAACAGCCAGUGGAAGUCACGCUGGUGCUUCAUUAGGGACAGCCACCUGCACUUCUACCAGGACCGGAACCGGAGCAAGGUGGCCCAGCAGCCCCUCCGCCUGCUGGGCUGUGACGUGCUGCCAGACCCUAGCCCUGACCACCUGUAUUCCUUCCGCAUCCUCCAGAAUGGCGAGGAGCUGGUCAAACUUGAGGCUAAGUCCUCGGAGGAGAUGGACCACUGGCUAGACCUCCUGCUCUCAGAGUCCGGCUCCAAAACAGGCCCGGAAGAGUUCACCUACGACUAUGUGGAUGCCGAAAGGGUUUCCUGUAUUGUGAGUGCAGCUGAAACCUCUCUCUUACUGAUGCAGAGAAAGUUCUCUGAGCCCAACACAUACAUCGAUGGCCUGCCCAGCCGGGCCUCCCAGGAAGAGCUGUAUGAUGAUGUGGAGAUGUCAGAGCUCACAGCAGUGGUAGAGCCUGCGGCUGCCCCUGCCUUUGAUGCUAACAGCGAGAGUGAGCUUGACCGAGUGUACCUGGAUCUCACGCCUGCCAGGGCCUUCCUGCACAGCCCCAGUGAGGAAGCCCAGGUGCAUCUGGAUGACCCAUCGGAGUCCCUCACGGUUGACCCAAGACCGGGCACCACCCUGGAUGAUCCCCACACAGAGUCUCCAGAAGGUCUGGGGGAGCAGCAGAGGCAGCUAGAGACUCAGGAGUCUUCAGAGCUCACGGAGCCCACCCCAAGAAUCACCAUGGUAAAGCUGCAGGCCGAGCAGCAGAGAAUCUCCUUCCCGGCCAACUGCCAGGACACGGUGGCUUCUGCCCCCGCCAGUGCCAGCCCUCCUGUGAAGGACAGAUUGAGGGUGACCAGCACAGAGAUCAAACUUGGGAAGAACCGGACAGAGGCAGAGGUGAAGCGCUACACAGAGGAGAAGGAGAGACUGGAGAGGAGUAAGGAGGAGAUCCGGGGGCACCUGGCUCAGCUCCGCAGAGAGAAGCGGGAGCUCAAGGAGGCCCUGUCAAGAUGUACAGAUAAGGGAGUCCUGGCCAGCCUGGAGCAGAAGCUGAGGAAAGUGGAUGAGGCGUGCCGGAUUGAGGAGAGCAGGCGUGUGGACCUUGAGCUCAGCAUCAUGGAUGUGAAGGACAACCUGAAGAAGGCUGAGGCCGGGCCCGUGACCCUUGGCACCACUGUGGAUACCACCCACCUGGACAACGUGAGCCCUCGGCCACAGCCCAAAGCUGCCACCCCCACCCCCACUCCAGACUCUACCCCAGUCAACUCUGCCUCCGUGCUCAAGAACAGGCCACUUUCUGUCAUGGUCACAGGCAAAGGCACUGUCCUGCAGAAAGCCAAGGAAUGGGAGAAGAAAGGAGCCAGUUAGAAAACAAGAAUUAUCUAAAAACUCUUGUGACAAUCCUGCUUCGAAAAAAACAUCAACUCUUGAGGAAAGGUGAGUCUGCUUAGAGGAAAAAGCAAGGAGUGAGGCCCUGC